AAGAGGACUUUCUGAUAGCUCAGGAUCGUUUCAGACAGAAUGCUCUUAAGCUCAUCUCUAAAAUGAUUGAGCUGAUUAAAGAAGCUCCUGGUUAUACCACACAUUUACUGGACGAGAUGCUUCACAGCAUUUUCUUUGUGGGGAAAGUCAACGAGCCGAAGUUUUCUCCAGAAAGCAUCCUGAUGGAUAAAGACUUGUUGAGGGAGUUGAGCGAGAAGUUCCCUCGGGCCUUUGAACUCUUCUCCUCUCACCUACCCAGACGGAGUCCAUUUUCAUGUGUGCUGGACACGAUUGUCCACCUGAAUGGACCAAAAAAUGAAAGAGAAAUACUCCGUGCCCUACGAAGUCUCAUCAUUGACCUGAACCUCGGUGACUCAAGGGAUCUGAUCUCCUCCACCAUCUGUGUCUCGCACAGAACCGACAUCGAAGAUCCUGUCAAGUACUACGGAGUCUCCAUGGCCGUUCCUGGUCGUAGUCCUCGGCAACGCAUCAUCUCUGCGUCCUGUCUCUACUACUGGGACGAGUGUGUAGCUGGUGCAGUGCUGACCUACUAUCCAGACAAUAAAAUGAAACCAGAUUAUGAUGGAACCAUCCAGCUUCCACAGGGGGUCAGGUGCCAGGCGUUUAGCCUCAGCAAGGAAGAAGAAACUCCUCCGUGCAAGUUAUGUAGGGAUUUGUUUGGUUUGACAAGUGACUCUGAAGAGGGGAAGCUCUACGGCAACUGUGCAGAGGCUGAAAGUUUGAGCAAAUUGUUCAAAAAUGACCCUGAAAUCAAAAAGCAAGUACAACUCAAAUCUGGCAAUAACUUAGACGGCAGGGUUAAAUAUGAAAAGAAAACGAGGAAAAGACUUUUUGAUUUCCUAAUAGAGAAGGACUGUGACUGCGCUUUCUACCCAUUCAGAAAAAUGAAGGCUGAAGAUCGUAUUGAUGAGUAGGCUGACAAUUCCUUGCUUCUUGGUUAUGAUUACAGGGAGAUACGAUGAUGUAAUCAUUUACUUGGGAGCUGGUGGUUUAAACGCUUGUUGUUAGUGAUUCAGCUACUUACUAAUGAUAAAGAUAUGAUUCAUGGCUGCCAGCUGUCUGAAUGCAAAGCAGGCAGAAGAUAUAAAGAGUUGAUGCAUUGAUCAUGUCAGUCACAAUAAAAUCAUAAAGAUUGAUGAUUUGUUUUGGUUUCAUUUACUGCAACUUCAUCAGAAGAAGUGAUUCUU